ACUAUGAAACAGUAGCAGCCGUUUGAUUCCAGCUGAGUGCAAGCCUCCGCUUCAGUUCGGCGGUCCGUCCGCAGACGUUGUUGGUGCAAAAAGGAGAACGAAAAAAGGGCUUCAUGAUAUAACUUCGUUCGUAACGGACGCUUCUAUAUUGUGUUGUAAACUUUUUAGGUCCGAUCUGGGUGAAUGGAUCUGCGUGCAAAUGCAGAUGCUAAAAAGGUAGAUGCUGUCGAUGGCCCAUAAACUGUGACUCUGUUUUCUGGCUAUAGGGUUGACUACAGGUUUCAGCUGCUGCUGCUGCUGUGUGGGUUUCAUCGUAACAGCAGCAACAGUAGCGGUAACUGCGCCCAAAGCAGCUGAAACAGGAGAUUCUAGCCCGCUUGUUGACGAUGUUUUAGUACCAGGGUUUUAGCAGUUGACUGUGUUGACUGCUAAUAUUAUAGUGUGUUUGCUGUACAAUACUGAACGAGCUUUGCUAUUUUAACCAAUAAAACUACAAUGGAAGCCUGUAUCGCUGUCGAAAAGGAAGUCGACAAGGUAGUCUCGAAGCUUGAGAGCUUCGAAAAACAUCAGGCAAAAACACUUCAAGAACUGAUCGAUACGGUGUCUAGCAUGGAACAAGAGAUUGGUGCAGUUGAGAGAGACGUCCGGGAAACCAACACUGUUGUACUAGAUACAUGUGUAAAGAAGAUUAAAGACGUAACUAUUUCUCUAGCUACACAACAUAGAGACCUUCAUGGGACGGUGUCAAAAGUUGGCAAAGUCAUCGACAAGAAUUUCAUAUCAGACUUCGCAGCGACAUCCAAAGAAGGCGUAUUCGAAGACGAAAAAUCACAGGCUAUGGUCAAUCAGGUAGUAUGUGAACAUUUUCUCCGCAAAGGCUACCUUGAUAUAGCCGAAGAACUUGUAAGAGAGGCCAACAUACAGCUUCCGCAAAACUAUAGGGAGCCUUUUACAGGGUAUAUGAGUCCCCGCCCUUGUUUCUUGUUAUCGACAUUUUUCUUUGCAGAACUUAACCGCAUCCUCGAUUCACUUCGUCGUCGCGACCUUCAGCCGGCCCUCGAGUGGGUCAACUUACAUCGGGAGCGGUUAAACGCGCAAAAUUCCGAAUUAGAAUUAAAACUGCAUCGGUUGCAGUUUGUACGGCUUUUAGUAGGAGGUGCUACAUCUGCUGAAGUCGUUGCCUACGCAAGGCAACAUUUACAGCAGUUGGCCGAACGACACAAGAAGGACAUCCAAACCCUGAUGGGGUGUCUUCUCUUUACGUGUACAACUGACCGGCAAGCGUUGGCCAAUAGCCCGUACGGCCAUCUAUUGGACAGUGCACUCUGGACGGACAUUUGUCAGGUGUUUUCUCGGGAUGCAUGCACUUUGUUAGGUCUAUCUGUUGAAAGUCCGUUGUCGGUUUGUGUCAAUGCUGGCUGCACAGCCGUACCUUCGUUAUUAAGUAUCAAGCAAGUGAUGCAGCAACGACAAGUUAAUGUCUGGUGUGGAAUGGACGAAUUGCCGAUUGAGAUUCAGUUAGGACGGGCAAGUCAAUUCCAUUCGGUGUUCGCUUGUCCCAUUCUGCGUCAACAAAGUUCUGAUCACAACCCGCCGAUGCGAUUGGUUUGCGGGCACGUCAUAUCAAGAGACGCUCUCCAUAAGCUUGCUAAUGCCACAAAGCUUAAAUGUCCGUACUGUCCGGUUGAGCAGAAUCCUAGUGAUGCUCGCGAAGUUCACUUUUGAGGUACUGGCAGCAACGGCAGGUGGCCGUCUCAAUUAUUUAACAGUAGUUGCUAAGGGUGAGAGGUAAUACAAUUUCGGGUGAUUGCUGCGCGACCGUUUAGGCGUGCGAAAGCGGAGAAGAGGCAAUGAAAGAAAUUACUGGUCGUUCGAGCGGCGCGCAGGUACAUGCGCAUCAGUUAUACGUACCAUUAGUGAUAUGCGAUUUUGUACGGCUAUGCAUGAUUCGUCCUAGAACUCAUUGUACGAUUUGCAUUGUUAUUGAGAUAGCAUUACUACAGAUCACAGUGUCGUGUCCAUUACUCUGAGAGUUGAAUGUGUGACCAUGACAUCGAAUGAAAUGAAAACUGACUGAAGAAAACCGCAAAAACUAACCACUACGGGGCCACUUAAUUUUUUUUUUUAAAGAAGUUGCUAUGUACGGUGUGCGCGUAAAUGAACGGUCCCCUAAAUCAAACGGGGUAGUAGAUGGGACGCCUAACGAGGCUAUAGUAUAGGAAAUCUAAAGAAAAGAAAAUGCUUGCGCUGCCACGUAAAGGGAUCACAUUUACAGAAGGAACGAAAAUCAACAAAAAGGCAGACCAACAACCUCGAAACACGAAGGCAGUAGCAGCAAUAACCCACUGUACCAACAACCAAUGUAUAUAGUAUUGACAAUAUAAUUAAUAAUAAUAAAAUAAUGAUAGUACCAUUAGUAAUCAUAAUAAUCACCAUUAUAGUGGUAGCAGAAUAAUCACAAUAAUAUUCAUAAUAGUACUAGUUAUAGUAACAGAGACAAGCGACUCUGGUGAUCAGCUGAACAUAGCAAAAGCGCAGCAAGUAUGAUUCGUUCGACUGGAGAAGCAAAAAACAUAAAGCGUUACAUAAACCUUGAAAUCAUUUGAGAAUAAUGAAAGCAGAUUGAAAGAAACUAAAAUAGAGAAAUUAAUUUUUAGCAGAGUGUUUUUUUCGUGUUUAAAUUUAGCGUCGGAUAAGUACAUGCGUGAGAUCGAAAAGGGCUCACCAAGGGCAGAGAAUGUGCCACAGGUUUAAAUAAACGAUGCUGUAAUGAUAUGAUUAUUAAUAAUAUCAAAUAACAACGCUAAUUAAUGUUAAGCGGUACCGAUAAUUUCAGUGACUAAGCAUACUUACAAGAAGACUGCGUUAGUAAGGCCAUGUUAUAACGGUAAUGAUGAGGAUGAUGCUUGUAUAAGACGAAAGGAGAUGUGGAAAGUUGAAAUGAACUUUUGAGUGAUCAUGUUAGAUGACGGAAGAUACUACUAGUAAUACUGAUGCUUCCGGUCUUGGUGGUUUAGUUCACUGAAAGGACUUAAUAGUAAUAAUGGUGUAUGGGUGGAAGGCACAAAGCAGAAAAGCCCUAGCGUUGGAAAAUAUAAUAAUGAACUAGAUGUAGUGAUUUCGAACUACAUUGGAAAGACAUGAGGACCUUGUGCCGGAACAGAAGCUGGUACAAGAACUACGUGUCGGCAAGGAGAAGCCUGAUAGAAAUAACGGCAAGAACGUAACGUGGUGAUAUUGAUUCUUAACAAAAAUGGCAAUGACAACACUGUAUAACUAUAUUUAUAAAGUUACAUGGAAAUAAAAACAAA